AACCAAAGAAAAGGUAGAGGAAAUCCACAGGGCAGUUACCAAAUUUGUGGUGAUGGGGCUUCAUCCAUUUUCCACGGUGGAAUCGCCAUCUUUCAGGGAGAUGAUCACUGCUCUCAAUCAUAGAUACCAACCACCAUCCAGGGAUGACAUUUCCAACAGGUUUAUACCUGCAUGGUAUUCUGUUAUAAAACAGAAUGUCAUCAAACAGCUGGCGCAGGUCAUCAAAACUGCAAUUACUUGCGAUGGAUGGACCAGCGUGGCACAGGACCACUAUCUAACAGUGACUGUCCAUUACAUUUACAAGGGCAGCAUCCAGCAGAAAGUGCUGAGCACUGAAGCAGUUUAUGAGUCCCAGACAGGGCCAGUGGUGGCAGAGGAAAUCAACAGUAUUCUUGAGGAGUUCCAGUUGACUGGAAAAGUCAUAGCUGCCACAGUAGACAACGCAUACAACAUGGAUGCUGCCCUGAGAAACUUGAAAUUUUUAAAAGUUGGGUGCUUUGCCCACACACUCAACCUGGCAGCACAGAAGGUGUACGGCAUCCAAGCUGUAACUAGGUGGUGUGCAAAGAUUCGCGCAGUGGUGGUGUGGCUGAAGCGCUCCACCAUGAGCAAAACUGUUCUGAGAGAAAAGCAGCGACUCCUCAAUUUGCCAGAGCAUAAUGUUAUCCUGGACGUGAGGACUCGCUGGAAUUCUCUAUACCUCAUGGUGGAGCGGUUUGUGGAGCAGUUCCCUGCAAUCCAGGCAGCUUGCCUUGAUCAAAGGCUAAGGAGGCCAAUGGAGAGGGACAGACUAGAAAGGCUUACAGAGAGUGAUUUUGAGAAGGCAGAGGAAUUCAUGAAAUCUGAAGGCACACUAUUCAACCUCCGAUGA